CGAGAUUGUAAAUUUCCUUUUUUUACAUAAUCAAUUGAUUCUGGAUGGGAAAACGACGGAACCUUUCUUCUUUCUUUUAUUCUAUGCGCUUGUAACAAAAAAGAAACAUUCUUUUUUUUCUUUCGCCCCUCCUGUUUUUUAAUACAUCAUGCUUGAAAUUACACAAGACACUAAUGAUUUGGACUAUUCGUUUGAAUUGCAGUUUGAGCGUCAUUUGAAGGCUGUUGAAACGAGCAAUAUGGAAGAAGCAUUACAAAGCUUUGUAUUAUUGUAGUAUAUGGUUCCUCAAAGAAUAUACUCAUUAAGAAACAAUAGGCAAACCAACAGUGCUGAUCAUGAAGAGUUUGAAGCCUAUAUCAUUGGCUUUUUAGAUCAUAUUGAUCCCUCAAAAAAUACAAAAACAAGUUCUUUUUUUGCAUCUCUGCCUGCGUUAAUCCAAUCAACUAUUCUUGAAAAAAUUGCCACCUUACUUGAAGAAAAAGAGACAUUGAAAGCUUAUCAGAUACUUUUUGAUUACAUUCAGUACAAUUCCCGUCACACAUACAAAUAUCUCGUGCGUAUUAUUUAUCUAUUAACGCUAGCUAUCCAAAGUAUGGACCAGCUAGAAAGCAGCAAAUAUACCAAGACGCUUGUGACUGACCUUUUUCCUCGCUUAUGUAAGCAACGUAUUGUGCUCACUGGACAAGAUACGCAGCCCUCUGUCAAGACAGCCGAUGGCAAACAGCACAUUUCAAUCCCCUACACCUUGUUUGAUCAGUACAUUCUGCUUGGACAGCGAUAUUAUCUAGAGAAUCAUGCUUGGGAGGACUUGAUUCAAUUCACCAAUACCAUGCUGGAUUGCUCAGGGUACACUAAAUUAAGUCAAACAGAGUUUGUAACACACAUACAAAAAUUUCAGUAUAUACAACAAAAACGGGUUGAACAACAAAGUUUAGAUGUUGUGUUUAUGUCCGAGUAUAAGGCAGUCGCAGCUCAGUUUGUGUGCUUUUCGUAUCAAUACUAUAGAGCUGUGUGUAUGUUGGAUAGCAAGGAAGAAAAAUCAUGUCUAAUACCUAUUUGUGCUAUCAAGCCAAAUAUGCUGCUAGCUGAGGAUAACUUUUUGGACUCGUCCUCAUCAACAUUAACAACAUCGUCCUUAGAAAGUUAUAAUGAAGAUCAUGAAUGUCACAAAAAACGCACAAGAAAAGAGUCAACGUUGGUUUCUGAAAAAAGACCCAAGUUAACAAAAGACAAUCGAGGGGAAGGAUUAAAUGCUUUUUGUAUGAAUGGAGUAGAUCAUGCUUUGCAAAUACUCAGUAAGGCUGCUGAUUGUAUGCGGCAUCUAGUCGAUUUAUGGGACUGGGCUUGCCAGACUACACCAGUGGGGAUUCUAGAAGAUGUUUAUGAUGGCUGGGAAGAAGAACUUGUUCAAACGAUUCAAUCGUAUGAACUCUCUUUUGAUUUGGCAAAUGCGGUAUUAUUGACAAGAAGUGAUCUAGCGCUGUCUUUGCCAUCUGUUUCAGGAAAUUUAUCAAAAGCACUUGAGCUUUCCCAGUCUAUUUGUGAUAGAAUUGAAAUCUAUCGACAAAAUCAUAAGCAAGAUGCAACAGAAUCUGACAUUCCUUUUCUGUUUGCAUUCCGUGUACUCUAUAACAUCGGCGUGAUCUAUUUGCUUGUUGGUAGCCUGCCUCAAUCUAUACUGGAAAUUGCAAUCAUUUUGUCUGUUUUUCCAAUACCUCAACAUCUGAAUAGCAGUGACUUUUUGGCUGACCAAAUCGAUUGUAAGACGGUGGCUGCUGUGUUUCAAGACCAUGAAUUUGGAUUGAUGCGUGUAACGCAAGAGGGUUUAGUUGCUCGCUGCAUAAAGCACUUGAUUGUAGGCCUUGAUAAUGCCGCAAACACAAAGAGCACUGGUAUGGCGUCAAUAGAUAGGGCAUUGAAAUGGGAUCGAAAAGCAGGGCAAAUGAUUGUGCUGAUGCAGUAUGGCUGGCACUAUUGGAUAUUCCGUAACCGUUCUUUUCUUGAAUACGUUUAUGAGCCAGGAAUUCUACAGGCAUUUCAACAUCUACACACUAACAAUCAAGUGUUACUUGAUAUUAUACCUCCUGAAUUUGCUAUUCGUACUGGAUAUCGCUACGUUAAGAUGCAUAUGGAUGAAGAAGACAAUUUACCUUCUUUGAGUAGCAUCACAUCCGCUUUAAAAUCAUCAAUUGUAUACCAACCUACUUACUCUAAUCCUAUUUUGCCUAGUACGACGAUGUCGCCUACAUUUUAUUCUGCUUCUACACAGAAAAAUGCACAUGUUGAUUGGAUGUCGCCUUCGUUUUACUAUAGUCGGCCAGCGACAUCUGUGAUGCUACCUUCUACAACUACAGUGGAAGAGAAGCUAGGAAUCAUUGGUGGGCUAAAUCAACAUAUUGUAAUGCGAUGCCUGGAGUAUCGUGUACGCAAGCACUCUCCUAAAAUGACGCCUCAACACUUGAGACAAGUAAUCCAACAAUUCCUCAAGAACAUGUUGCUAAAAGCAAAUGAAAAGAACUCAUAAAUAUACUGUACAUAAUAAAAUGCCACAAGAAGCGAUUGCUGCAUCAGAUCAGCUAAAACUGCUAUGGGCUUCUUCUCUUCUCUUUGUUUAA